UGCUGACGACAGUCGCAGCCACAGCAUGACCAAAGGUCGCCUGCACCGCCCCGGCAGUGCGGCAGCACCACGGAUCUGCCGCCAUGCCUGGUGUGCCCUCCUGCCGUGCAGAGUCAGUUCCUCCUUUGCCUAACGCCGGGGCAGGAAGCGUGGGGUGAGAACUGGGGAGGGUGAGAACUGGGGAGUGCGAGCUGCGAGCUGCGCCCUGCCGGGGAGUGGGCUGCCAGCCAGCCCCGCAGGAGGCACCGCCAUGGCCCGGCGGGAGCGGGAGCAGGGCUCGGCAGAGCAGAGGGUAGCUGGCAUCACCCGGACGUUCACCUUCCUGGAAGCUACCCAGCCCCAAGCGGGAAGCCUAGCCCGCACCUCCCAUCUCUGGCCGGCUGCUGGGGGGAGCAGGGAACGUUUCCACCCGCUGCAGAAGAUGGACACCAACAGGAGCGUCAGCUGGGGCAGCCAGGGCCCAGGGAGCUGGGGUAGGACUGCGGGCAGGCUCUCCAUCGGCCCCGGCAGUACCCGGAGGAAGGAGCUGAAGGAAAUCCUCCUGCAGAGCAAUAGCCCUGGCAGCACCAUGCGGUUUGCCACCACUCAGAAGACACCCAAUGGCAGCAGUAUCUCUGCAGGGCCGCACCAAGAGCAGAAGCCCGAGCAGAGCCCCGAGGUGCUGUCCCUUGCCCUGGAUCCCCUGGAGCACGAGUGGCUGCUGACAGCGGCCCAGGGCGAUGCGGACAACAUCGUCAGGCUGCUGGACCUCGAUCCCAGCCUGCUGACCAGGAGAGACUUUGUGACAGGCUUCACCGCUCUCCACUGGCUUGCCAAGCAUGGCCACCACGAGAGCUUCAUUCAGGUCAUCUCCCACGCCCAGAAGAAGGGCUAUCCCUUCAAUGUGAACCUCCCCACAGCCAGCGGCGGGCUCACCCCCUUGCAUGUGGCUGCCCUGCAGGGACACGAGCUGCUCAUCAAAGUGCUGGUGGGAGCUUACGGGGCAGACACCAGCCGCAGGGACCACAACGGGCGCAAGGCUUGGCAGUACCUGAGGGCAGACACCUCCAGGGAGCUGAAGGAGCUGGCGGGGGCCUCGGAGGAUGACUUGGUCCAGCUGCGCUCUCACAACACCAACAACAACUGUAAGUCAUCCAGAGAGGCCAGGGCAGGGCGGGACUGCGUGGACUCUGGGGCUGAGGGGAAGCGCUCCUGGAGUGUGUCGACUCUCCGGCACUUUGUCAGACAGGUGUUCACUUUCUUCCAAGAGCAAUGAGGCUCCCCUGGCCCAUUUGCCUGCAAACCCACGCUGAAUAGCAGCCGGACGAGCCUGCAGGGAGCUGGGAACUUGGGGAGGGCCGGUGCUUGAAAUCCCGGCCGAACAGGGAUUAACCCCCUGCACAGGGGCACCGCGGCUGCCCCGGGUCUCGCCUGGUCUUUUGGGGCUAUGCCCGUGUGAGUGUGUGUGGGGCAACCACGGCCAUUGGGAGCACCAUCCGGGGACAGCCCUUCCAAAAACCCGCCCGUUCCCAGUGGGGGUUUUGCCCUCGUCCCUGCUGAUGGCGACUCCUUGCUGCAGCCCGGCAGAGCCCCACGGCGGGGGCUCACGCACCGGCUUGGCUGCAGGGAGCUGCUUCUCCAACACCCCGCGUGCCCACGGGGGGAUGCUGACCCACCGCAGGAGGUGGUGUCCCGUGCGGGAGGCUGGGGUGGACAUUUGGGCUGCCCGUCCCGGGCUGCCGGCAGACUUUGUGUGUGACCGUAAGUCGCAGCACCUUGGUGACUUGGUUCUCCCACCUGUAAAACGAGGCUGUCGGCACUGCCCCAGCUCCCAGAAACGCUGCGAGGUUGGACUGGUCAUGGUGCCGUGGGUGCCUGGACAGAGACACUGGCAGAAUAUAAUUAAAUAUUUCACAGCCAUACUCUGAGAUGCCAGAGGCCUGGCAUUGGGCUGACGACAGAGAUGCAACUAUGGCUUCAGAAACAACUUCCCCCCCCCAACGCUUUUUUUUGUACGCUUCUCUGCCAGCAGGGAGAGCGGGUACAGAGAAGCAGACUGUGCCACCGAGCUGCAAACACUUUCCAGCUCCCUGUGAGAUCCCCGGGUCUCCACCACAUGCACCUCCUCUGGGUUGCUGUUUCUUUAUGACAGAUAAAGGUGUUUCUCACUAAAGUAAGAGCUGGAGUGCCUGGUUUGCCAAAGGAGGCCAGGCCCAGAGAAGCCUUUCAAACUGCAGGACAAGUCCCCCUGACAGCCCUUCCCUGGAGAUGCUCAGCCCCACUGGGGAUGGGGGCCGGAGCAAGGAGGCAGGAGGGACACCCAGUGGGGUUGCAUGCGGUGGCUCCUGCAGGGACUGGAGUCCAGGAGCAGCUCUGGAAGGAUGAUUCAUUACUGAAAACCAUGGAAAAGGUAUGAAGGCUGUGAGAUUAUCUUUGUGGCUUCUGAGGUCAUGCUCAAAAAUGAAACUCUUGAGAAACAUCCCAACAGCAGCAUAACACUGCAUGUAUGUACCGGUAACUGCAUUAAAUGGGCAAAGCCUUUGCUCACCUGUUUGUGUUUUAUUCACCAAGUGGAGCUCUGCCCAGCUGAUUUCAACUUGCUUUUCACAUUCUUGAAGGCCAGGGCUGCUUCAAAAUAUCUUCAGAAAAACAACUGCCCCUUCCUCUUUUUCAUCAGCAUGAGACCAUUUCUACUCCCUUACACAACAGUCCCAUUUGAGAAGUCACUCUCAGAAAGAAACCGAGGAGUUUCUGUUCCCCAUUGCGGAGAUACCUCGCUUCGGAGGGGAGUCAUGGUUUCUUUCCAGCUGCCUUUCUGGGGGUCUGCGGAGGUGACCGAGGGGCUCAAGAUGAUCUCUGGCCUGGCUGCAUAGGUGAAUUUGCACCUUGAUGCAGAAAGAUACAUGGGUGACUCCCUCAGGGGAACUUCAGCCUGUGGACUUCACAGACCCUGAGCAAAUCCCAUUUAUGUUCAGAUUGUGCGCUGAAAUGAUGCUUGGACACUGGAAUAACCUGGUGUGCAGUAGGCGACACGUGGAAGAACAUCCUCCAGAGGAGCAGAGAGUGAUCCAGUGACUGGAGAGUACCCAGUCCAGGUGCCUGGGUGGACACAUAGAUGUGUCUGGACAUCUUUUUAAUCACUGAGGUCAGCAGUGGAGACAUGCAAAACACACUGGGAAUGGAUUUAAUGCCUGAUCUACACUGGUUCUGUAAUGCUUUAACUCUAAUAGAUUAAAGACUAUGGCAACAUAGCUCCUUCCAGAACUUCUCUGGAUGAGGCUUUGGGCAAUGUGGUCUAGUGGAGGGUGUCCCUGCCCGCAGCAGGGGGGCUAGAACUAGAUGAUCUUUAAGGUCCCUUCCAGCCCAAACCAUUCUACAAUUCUAUGAUUCUAUGGUUCUCUGGCCACAUGUCUCUGCCAUGGGACAGCAGGCUGGCUUCUCACGAGUGUGGUCACACCAGCACAAGCUCCGUGAAACGCAACUGAUGUGAAAACACCCCCGAUCUUUUGUUCUGGUAACCAAAGUGCUGUUGAUUACACAGGUGGGUGCAUGUCUGACCAAAUAUUUUUUGACCUGUUAGUCCUCCAUCACCCUUUUGCAGCAGCAUGCUGUUCGGGAGAGGGCAUGGGACCACUCCUACAUCCUCCUCUGAGUAAGGCACAGAGUAAACAGUGGAUUAAUGAGAAUUUCCUUGAAUGAGCUGAUUCCUUGGCAUUUGUACCUGCAGCUUAGUCACACCCCACCAGAAAACCUGGACUUCAAUGUUCCAUUCAAAAGUAAAAUUUAACUGGCAAAUGCUACACUUAAAUAUGACUAAAUGAUUUUUAGUACUUGUGUCCUUGACGCCUUGGGUUUUGGUUAGCCUUGACUUGACGGCUAACCAAAACCCUCUAAAGGCAGCUUUUUCCCCCAUCUUUUGGUCACAGAUUUGAAGCUGUAUUCUGCUCAGAGGCAAAUUAGGCAGGCGGUUCAGAAAGAGCAAGACCAGAGCUCUGCUUCUGGGUGGUGUUACAACACACUCAUCAACGCCACCCCCCGCCUUGCCUGCCCUGCAAGGGUUCCUCUCCGCAGAGCAAAACAAGCAUCUUCUUCAAAUGGCAGCACCCGCUCUGCUGCUGUACGUUGUGUUUGCCCCGAACACCACGCUACUUCCAAUGACUCACCCCUCUGCCUCGUGCGGUUGAUUUUCAUACUUGCAGAGGGGCAGUCAGUUUGGAAAUACAGACACAUUUUAAAAAUACUCAAGUAUACAAUCAACUCUAACUUUGCUUCUCACUCAGAAAACAAAAGCAUAUCCACCAAAAUUAAUGGACUAGAAUAUCCAAACAUAUUAGAUGUUUUUUCUUUAAGGCUUCUGUUGAUGUCUGUUAUCAUGUUCUAGCCCAGUUCUGCAGAAAUCCCUGAUCCCUCCUGCAACUCUCGCAGGGAAGGAGAGGGCAAAGAGAGCUGCCACAGGAAUAACAGAAAUCAUUCAAACCCUGAGCCAGGUCCUCAGGGACACAAUUACAGAGGAACUCUGCGAGCAGCUUUGCCCGCCAGCAGUGGUGACGGGGAGAUGCAGGGGGCAGUUCGCAGGUCUCCAAGGCUGAUCUUUGAUCCACAGCAGUGCUGUUAUUUCCUAAAGGCUUGCUUCAAAGAACACAGAAGAGAUUUAAAAAACAUCAGGGUGAAAGUGUUUGCAGCACAUGGGCCUCUGUCAAAACAUCUUUGGCAAUGCUGUCUGCUGCUUUCCUGUUGCGGUGACUUACUGCUUCCCCCUGAUAACAAAGAGAACUAGAUUUUUACCAAACAGAAAAAGAAGCUGGAAGAUAUCUAUGAAGUGUCCUGAAGUUGGUAAAAAUCCCAGCCUUGCUCUCCUGUGCUUAUAGAAACCUCCAGCACACCUUAGGAGGGAGAGACUGUCAUGAGCUCUGAGCCAGGCGUGUAUUUGUUAUGCAUUUACAUGUGCUUGGCAUAUGCUGCUGCCCAGCAUUAUUUGCUAUGAAUUUUAACACGAAGGAUACAAAUCUCUUUUACCUUCAACAUGAAAAGCAGCAACACAGAAGGUGUGGCAGCCUGAAGCUUCCUCAGGAAGCUGCCACCCAGGAACUGAGCCACCACAGCAGGCUGAACCCAGAAAACAGCAUCUCCGCAGCCCUCGACAUCAGGAUGGGCUUUGCCGCAGCCACAUCCGAGAACAGGCUUGCGCCUUUGGUCAUUUCCAGCUGACCGGCGCGUCUAUCCCAGGUCUGCAAUGCAGAAGGGAAGGAGCAGCAGCCACGCAGGACCCAGUGCUGAGCCUCCUCCUCCACUUCCCUGUGGUCAAUAGGUGAUGUUUCACAGGCUCUGAGUGGAGAAUGCUGGCGUUGGGGAGCUGGAGUGCCAACUACUCUGAGUGGUUUAAUCCCUUCUUUCCUCUCUCCCCUUUUUAAAAUAGCUGCUAACUCUUCCUUUGAGCAACAUUUUGAGUUACUAUCCUUCUACUGAGAAUGUUGUACGUUAAGCUGCACCUGUGGCUGGCAUCAAGACCAACUCGAUCAAGCCAACACAGCGCUCCAAACAAAACUCAGAAGAAGGUUAUUACAUAUUGUAGGGAACACACAAACAUCACGUACUACUGCAAGAGUAUUGCAUUUUGUAAGAGAGAAAUCUAUCCACUGCCCUUGCUGUAUUCUUCCCUUUCCUCCUCCUUAUUAGUGAAACUUUCUUUCAUCCGAUUACUCUACUACACCCGCUCACCAGCCAGGAUCUUAACCCCAGGCUCCGAGGGCUGCCCUGCCAGAGAGCAGCCCCAGUGCUGCUGGCACAAGGGCCAGGCGCACAGGGGGUAGGAAGCCGCCAUCCUCAGCUGACCGCAGGCAUGAGGCUCACGAGGAGCCACCUGCAGCUAACACAGGUGGGUGGUCAGGGCCAGCCUUGCCAAUACGCUGCUUGGGCGCAGACGGGUAGUCUUGGUAUUCAAGUAUCACUGAUUACUCUCAGCUCUGCGUUCUCGUUCCCUGGGCAAGUACUUUUAUAGUGCUUCUGGGCGUGCAACACUUCAGCAUUUACCCAGUACCAUAGUGCCAUCGUUCGUGCUGUUAAACGCUUGCAGUUCAGAGACGCUCUUCCAUUCAUAACAAAAAAGGUUAUCUGACUGACCAACCAGCCUAGCAACACUUCACUACGUGGUCUACCCUGGCUGUUCAAAAGGGAGAUAAUGGCGGAGUCAAGAAUCUGCAGCUUCAAAAGAAGCCGGCCAAAGGAAAAUAUGUGCAUUCAACGUGUGAGCAUGAUAUAAGAGGGUGGUAAUAGGAUUGACUUGGUUUAGCAAAAGGUUUUGUUAGUUUGGAUCCCCCUCACCUACCACAGCACACCUCAAAUGGGAAAGCACGUUACCCAGGGGAGCAUUUUCAGCGUGCUUCGCUUUUCAGCCCCAUAAAAUGCACCCAGUGGCUAUACAGACACAUCUUUAGCCAAUUCUGACAAUGCUGCUUACUUUUCGUAGUAACAUUUCAUGAAUCUUCCAGAAACAUAAUCCAGAAUCUUCCCUGCGGUUAAGCGAUAAGGGGCUGACACUCCAGAGUUA